GUCAAAUUACAAUUCAUGAGGGCCAAACUGCAAUAAACAAAAGAAAGGGAAUAGCUCAAAAUCAGGUGUUCAACCCUAGCUUGUGAAUAGCUCAAAGGCUGAGCUCGGUCGAGCUCAAUUUGAACUUUCCUCUUCAAUCUUAGAUUCAAGGCUUGAAGCUGUGCGUCGUGUUCAUAUUAUCUGGGAUUCGGCUUCUUCGUUUACAUCCUAACUAUACACAGACGUAAAAGAAAGGGAUACGACGGCAAAUUCUAGAACUGAUCUAAUGGAGUCGAGCUUGGACAAGCUCCAUGCAGGCGACUCAGACCAGAUUUGGUGUACGCCAUUUCACCGGAGAAUUGAGUUCCAUUUGGCCCGGAAACCAUUCAAUGGUUUUGGGAAUGGCUGUGGUGGGUUUCACCUGGAAACUUUGAACCCCAGUUCGAAGUCAGAUUCUGUCACUGGUACAACACUUGGGCCCGGAAAUCCUCAAUUAAAGAAAAACAGCAGAGACUUUGAUCCAGAGCUCAGCCGUGACAUGACAUUCCGUAAAAUUAUGAGAAUUGGCGCUGGAUUACAAAACCUUGGAAAUACUUGCUAUCUGAAUGCUGUCUUACAGUGUCUAACAUACACUGAGCCUUUAGCUGCAUAUUUAGAAAGUGGGAAGCAUCAAACUUCUUGUCGCAAAGCUGGAUUUUGUGCUUUAUGUUCCAUCCAGAGGCAUGUGACUCAUGCUCUUAAAGCAACAGGGAGAAUUCUGGCGCCAAAAGAUCUUGUGUCCAACUUGCGGUGCAUAUCCCGUAAUUUCCGAAAUGCCAGGCAAGAAGAUGCACACGAGUAUAUGGUGAAUUUGCUCGAAUCAAUGCAUAAAUGUUGCUUACCUUCAGGCAUUCCAAGUGAGUCUCCUAGUGCUUAUGAGAGAAGCCUGGUCCAUAGAAUAUUCGGUGGCCGCCUUCGUAGCCGGGUGAAGUGCAUGCAGUGUUCCUACUGCUCUGACAAGCUUGAUCCAUUCUUAGAUAUAAGUCUAGAAAUAGUCAAGGCAGAUUCUUUAUACAAGGCCUUUGAACGUUUCACUGCACAAGAAUUGCUGGAUGGAGGUGAUAAACAGUACAGCUGUCACCAAUGUAAACAAAAAGUCAAGGCCUGCAAGCAGCUCACAAUUGACAAGGCCCCCCAUGUCCUUACCAUUCAUUUGAAGCGGUUUGGUUCACAUUUGACGGGGCAGAAGAUUGUUAAGAAGAUUCAUUAUGGUCCGGUUUUGGAUUUAAAUCGUUUUAUGAGUAGCCCUCAUACUGGUGAUCUGAAAUACACUCUCUAUGGUGUACUAGUUCAUGCUGGCUGGUCCACACAUUCUGGUCACUAUUACUGCUUUGUUCGCACUUCUAGUGGGAUGUGGUAUUCCCUUGAUGAUAAUCAGGUCAUCCAGGUAAAUGAGAAAAAGGUUUUGGAUCAAAAGGCAUACAUGCUAUUCUAUGUUCGAGACAGGAAAAGUAAUUUACCCAAGACACAUGUUGAUGUUGUGCACAAAGACAUAGGUUUAAUUAACGGUAUAAGAAAUCGAGAUCUAGAUCAUGAGUGUGAUCUGACAAAGGGAACUUCAAUACAUAAAGGUACAUUGAACGCAUCGCCAAAGGAAAAUCCAGCACUAGAUCUACCAUCCUUGGAAUCUUCAUCCCUUGUGACGCCACCAAUGGACAUAAGCAAGGAGCCUAUUGGCAAACAUACAAUUUCUGGGAUAUGUUCACCUCUAAGUCAUACAUUGGGAAACAGGUCAGAUGGAAGUCAUGGAACUGAUAGUCUUAGUAUAGUCCAAACUGCCACAAAGCCUUUUGAUUGUCACACAAAUGAUAUGAUGAAAGACAUCAAUACCCCCAUGCCUUUACUUUCUCAAUGGAAUAGUCCUAAGUAUACUGCUAUGGGUAAAGAGUCUAGUGACUAUAUUCCACUGCCGUUGAGCUGCAACAAGGAUGAAAUGCGUGGAAAUGAUUUGAAUGACAUCCCUACCCACAGACCAGAAGGUGGCAGUGGAGUUGCCAAUGUGUGCACCCAGGAAAAAUCUAUUUCUGAAAAGAUUCCAGAUUUAUCCCAAGAAGAUGUCAAUAAGCCUGCUAAUUGUGUGACAACAAAGAGCUUACCACUUCAUGGGAAGGCUUACCUGAAAGUUAGGAAGAGGCCUUUCAAGUCCCAUUUAGCUUCCCUCAUCUUCUCCUCAGCCUUGUGCCCGCUGAGAAAGAGAAAACAUGAACUUAUGAAAUGUGGUAUUUCUCACAAAAAUUUGAAAGGCCACCGGGAUGCUGGACGUGUGAAAGGUAAAAUAACUCUUGAAACACCCAAAAAGCGAACUGGGGAUAUAGACACUGCACUGCUAACCGAUAAGCAGCAUGUAAAAUCUUCUAGUUCCACAUCAUCAGGGAAUAAAUCUGAAAAUGUAGAAUCUAUUGCUCUCAAAGAUCUAAACCAGAGUGGUCUGAUGAACAUGCUUACCAGAGGAUUAGAAGAGACAAGAGUUGCGAGCUGGGAUGGCAUUGAAAAUUUUUUAGAGAUUCGCGGAGCAAGAAAUGAGCGUGCAAAUAUUGGCUACGUUGGGGAUGAAUGGGAUGAGCAGUAUGAUCAGGGAAAGAGGAAGAAGAUAAGAAGCUCCAAACUCGACUUUGGUGGCCCAAACCCAUUCCAAGAAAUUGCAAGUAAGAAGGCACGGUUCAAAACUAAAAAAGCAAAGCUGGAUCACUGUAGCUCCGCCAAUCAACCAUUCAGGAUAUGAUGAUGAAAAGCUUGGAUACAUGUAUACACCAUUGAGAGGCAGCUAUUUUGGAGCAUAGCAUGGCAAGGAGUCAAGGACCUAAGGCACCCCUCCCCCUAGCAUUACCCCAAUUUUGCAUGUUUGGGGUCAGUUGAGGAACAUGCGCAAGAGAGUGUAGAGUUAAAUAUGGAAACUGGAAAAUCGUGUGCUAAAAGCUUAUAGUCUGUAUUUGAACCUUUUUUCUUCCAAUUAUUAGUACUCGAUCUUAUAUUUAUAACUUAGGAGCAGUUCUUGAUAUUUAUGUUCCUACAAGGCUACAACUAUGCUCC